AUGCCUCCUCUUCGUAACUUACUCUCGAAACCAAAUAAAGAUACUCACACUAAUAAUUUUGUUUGGGAGGAAAACUUUGACGAGAACCACAAUUUAGCAUCCUCUCGAAUUUGUUUUUAUUGUGGUGCUAAGCUUUUUGCGGGUGAAACAGAAGGAAUAUGCUGUAACCAUGGCUGGCAUCCAGGAAUAGAGCAAAAUGCAUCACAAAAAAAGGUAACAGCUAGACAAUACUACGCAUACAAAUUACAUAUUCGUCAAGAUUCUUUAUCAUUACUUCAUUAUGGUGGACAACUUUUCCAACAAUAUGUAGUUGACAAUUAUGUCAAGAUCGAGUCUGAACGUCUUAAUUACCUAAAAUUUAAUCAAGAUAAACUUCGCAAAGAAUUAUAUCAGGGUCUACAUGAUUCCUAUAAAUCUGGAAUUACAAACACGUCUGAAAUAGGAACUCGAACAAUUUUACCUUCAUCUUUUGUAGAUUCAAUGGCAUUAGUACAAACUUUUGGUAAACUGAAUUUGUUUAUUACUAUUACCUGUAAUCCCAAAUGGUAUGAAAUAACUUCUAAACUAUUGCCAGGACAAACCUCACAAGAUAGACCUGAUAUCACAAGACACAACAAAGCUGCACUACAAAUAAUUAAUGAAAAUGAGAUCGAACAAUAUUUAGAUGCAAGGUGGAUUUCGGCACCCGAAGCUUGCUGGCGGAUUUUUGGUUUUAAUAUAUCACAAAUUAAUCUAUUGGUAUAUCGACUACAAGUUCACCUUCCUCACCAACACUUCGUAAUAUUUCCGCAAAACACCAAUCUUUACAACCUAAUAAAUGAUAAACAAAACGAAAAAUCUAUGUUAACAGAAUAUUUUAAAAUGAAUAACGAUGAUCCUGAAGCUAAAAAUUAUUUAUAUUGUGAAUUUCUGCAGUACUAUGUUUGGAAUAAAACUUCUAAAAAGUAA